AUGGCAUCGUCUUCGCCUUCGACAACCUCCUCAUCGUCGUCGGACCUGCUUGUUGUUCUACCCCACCAGUCCCAUUCCAUAAGUAAUGGCAUCUUCCAUCUUUCUUUCUCCCAUCCGUGGCAGACCCUUCCCCACCCCUUGUCGAUUGAUCUAGUGCUGGACGCUUCCCCAGGAUGUGGGGGUGUGGCCUGGCCUGCUGGGCAGAUCCUGGCAACGUACCUCGUUCAGAAAGGCUCCGAUUUCGUCUCUGGCCGAAACACAAUUGAACUAGGCAGUGGGACCGGACUCGUCGGACUCCUGGCAGGAAUCCUAGGCGGAAAGGUGUGGAUAACAGACCAAUCUCCUCUCCUGCCAAUCAUGGGUCGCAAUGUUUUUAUCAACAACUUGUGUAACAAUGUCAAGGUGGCGGAACUCAAUUGGGGGUCUCCGAUACCGCCAGAAAUACCCCGUCCUGACCUUAUCCUUGCCGCUGAUUGCGUCUAUUUCGAACCCACAUUUCCCCUUCUUGUGCAAACUUUAGCCGAUCUUGCCGAUGCGACAACAGAAAUUUUGUUUUGCUACAAAAAGCGGAGAAAGGCCGACAAACGUUUUUUUGCAUUGCUGAAAAAAGCAUUCACAUGGGAAGAGGUUCAAGACGACCCUAAUCGCAGUGUAUACAACCGGGAGGCAAUUACUCUUCUGCGACUUUCCAAAAAGUUGGCAUAA